UAUAAAAGGUUAAUUCUAUCAACAGGUUCAUUAUAGUGUUCACUAUAACAUGUUCAUUAUAUCAACAUGUUCACUAUAACAGGCUCACUUUUCACUAUAACUGCAUGUUCACUAUAAUAUCUUCACUAUGACAGGUUCACUCUAGCUGGCUACAUGUUCCUUAUAAGAGUUUCACUAUAACAACCUCUUACUACAUUAUUUCUUACACCUCAAACUCUGAGUCUUGUGGUCUGGUCCUCCGCUGUUACUAGUAUUAAAAAAUUAUGAGUUUGAAGACCAAACAAGAGAAAAGUCGUCCUCUACCACCAUCGCUCUCCCGCAUGAGGGCCCAGUGGGUCGAAGAGACGGCACUGGAGACUGUCCAGGCUCCAAACUGCCUGUUAGGCAUUGUCGUUGGCCCUGGGGGGUCCACCGUGAAAAAAAUAAUCGACCAAUACAAGGUGCAGGUGCGUGUUCCUCGGAAGGGGUCAAAGGAUGAGCCCAUCCUGGUUGAAGGCAAAAACAAAACUCUCGUUAAGGAAGCCGCCCUCCACAUAAAGGCGAUGAUUGACGAGGAGAAGGAGCGGCGUCGGGUCACCACACCAGUAAGCCGAACGCUCUUCAUCCCCAAGGCCCUACACGGGAAGAUCAUCGGUCAUCGUGGUCAAAACAUUCGACCCAUUAUUCAAUCACUGAAAAUAAAUAUCGUAUUUCCCAAUAAAAAUAACAACAAUGAUGAAGUUAUCAUCACUGGUCUGCCUAAUCAGGUGGACCAGGGCAUAAGUCACCCCUCCCAAGCCUGGCAGGACCAGCUUCCCCCAUGUUCACUCUAG